AUGACAUCACAAAGCAAAACACCAAGAAGGAUCUUCACCUUAUUGAAACUGGCUUCUUCCCUUCUCGUUAUUUUCCUGCUUCUUCCCGGUUCUUUUCACAGCUUCCUAUUCUUGCGUGACAUUCUAUCACUUAAUUUCUGGCUUCUUCCGGUUCUUUUCUGGCUUCCUAUUCUUCCUCUUCUUCCGGUUCUUUUUUCUGGCUUCCUAUUCUUCCGUGACAUCCUAUCACAAUUUCUGGCUUCUUCCGGUUCUUUUCCUGCUUCCCUAUUCUUCCGUGACAUCCCUAUCAUAAUUUCUGCUUCUUCCGGUUCUUUUCCUGGCUUCCUAUUCUUCCGUGACAUCCCCUAUCACUUAAUUUCUGGCUCUUCUUCCCUGACCCUAUGUUCUUUUCCUGGCUUCCUAUUCUUCUGUGACAUCCCUAUCCACUUAAUUUCUGGCUUCUUCCGGUUUCUUUUCCUGGCAUCCUUCUUCUAUUCCCUAUCCUUGAUUUUCCUAUCCCUAUCUUCCGUGACUGGUCCCUUUUCUGGGUUUUCGGUUAUUUCUUACGGUUUUCUUUCCUGUUCUUUUCCUGGCUUCCUAUUCUUCCAUGACAUCCCUAUCCUUAAUUUCUGGCUCCUUCCGGUUAUUUUCCUGGCUUCCUAUUCUUCCGUUAUUUUCCUGGCUUCCUAUUCUUCCGUGACAUCCCUAUCAUUAAUUUCUGGCUUCUUCCGGUUCUUUUCUGGCUUCCUAUUCCUAUUCUUCCGUUCUUUCUUUUCUGGCUUCCCUAUUCUUCGUAACAUCCCUAUCCACUUAAUUUCUGGCUUCUUCCAAUUUCUUUCUGGCUUCCUAUUCUUCCCUCCUAGCCUCUUUCUGGCUUCUUCCGCUUUUUCCGUUUCUUUUCUGGCUUCCUAUUCUUCUGUGACAUCCCUAUCACUUAAUUUCUUUGCUUCUUUGGUUUCUUUUCUGGCUUCCUAUUCUUCCCUUCUUUGGGUUCUUUUCCUGACCUAUUCUUCCGUGACAUCCCUAUCUAAUUUCUUCCCUUCCGGUUGUUUCCUGGCUUCCUAUUCUUCCGUUCUUCUGGUUCUUUUCUGUUUUCCUAUUCUUCCCUGUUCUCCCUAUCACUUAAUUUCUGGCUUCUUCCGUUUCUUUCCUGGCUUCCUAUUCUUCUUGACAUCCCUAUCACUUAAUUUCUGGCUCCCUUCCGCUUCUUCCGGUUAUUUUGUUCGAUUCCUAUUCUUCGAAUACCUUCACGUGACCUUUGGAAGAAAGGAAUUUAUUUUCUGCUUCCUAUUCUUCCUCGAAUACGAUCCCUAUCACCUGCAGGAGAAGCUUCUUUGGGUUUUCUUUUCCUUGGUUGAAAAUUCUUCCUUGACAUCCCUAUCACUAAUUUCUGAUGGAUAUUCCCGCUUUGUUUUCCUGGCUUCCUAUUCUUCUGUGACAUCCCGAUCCCUGGAAGACUUCCAGUUUUUUUCAGUUUCCUUUUUCUGUUGGCUUGUCCCUAUCUGA